AUGGAUAAUCCAAUGAGGAACAUCGACAAUAAUCUUCGAAUACUUUAUCCAGAAUAUUAUACCGAUGGUGCAUCGAAUGAUCCAGAAGGUACAGUAAAUGUUAUACGAUGUGGACAUUUUUCUUAUUACUGAAUUUUUGUAAAGUAAAUUUGGAGAAUCGCAGACAUAUAGAUUACUUCAUAGUUCACGGUUUUGUUUUGAGGUGAUUCAUCAGUUUUCCAUUGCGCACCUUUACUGCGCAAAUCUAAUAACAAAUUCUAGCUAAUAUAUGUAAUUGAACUAAAGAAAGAAAGAAUAAGGCAAAGAGAAAAACACUCUGCAUUGAGUAGGCGUGCUUCAGGGAACAUAUACCUUCAAAAAUGACAUAACUCUUGCUAGGGCUCCCUUUUGAUUAUCUAAAACGCCAUGUUUUCUUGUAUAUAAUCACUAGAUAGACAUUUGUAAUAGGAUCCUUGUUAAAUAAUCAAUAACGCAAUUGCGAUUGUUCCUGUAACUCGUAAAAGGUUCAAGAUGGCGCCAUAUUGGGGGAAAAGGUGGCAUAUUUCACUUGUCAUAUCUUCGAAACUAGUUCAGUGGCCCCAACUUUUUUUAUCUGUUUUUACUAUGAGCAUAUCAUAAACUUCACCCCUAGGAACAGUUGCUGAUAAAUUAACUUCACGUGCACUUCUACACAACAUGUAUAGUUCUCAAUCCAAUCAGUGCAUUCUUCACAAAUGUGCAGUUACCAAGCUAACGAAAAUAUAACCCCACAAAUAUGUUUGUCUUGUGGAUGCUCAAAAAGGUGCCAGAAAUGUAGUCAUUAAACAUAAAAUAAUAACCAUUUUCUGAGGGGGGGAACAUCCGUAACCCCUAUAUCUUCUUCACAAAACGUUCAAUUAUAUGCUGAGGUUGGAACAGAGGAGUGAAACAGAAAUUAGACUGGGAGAACUAAAUAUUCGUCGCAGUUUCGAUGCAAAGUUGUCUGAUAUUAUAUUGAAUACUCAUGAUUCUCCAUUACGUAGUUUGAUACAGUUGUUGUGAGUGGUUAGAUUUUUGAACAGGCGAGAACUUCGAAAGUUAAAUCAUCACAAGGAUGCAGAAAUUACCAUUUAAGAGACUUUAGAUUUCAAAAUAGUUUGAUGAAACAUUUUCAUGCGAUCGGUCACGUUUGUUUGGCCUUCCUCCUCCCAACACAAUCAUUAUUCUACCUUCUACGCAAAUUAAGAGUCCAUCAUAAAUUACAACUUCAAACGUUAAAAAGCUACUUUAGGUAAUAGAAUUUAAAAUGUGGAUAAGUCUGUUUUGAAAAUUAUUCAUAAAAGUUAAUCUCUUCACCAUUAUCAUUGUAAUUUUUUUCAUCGCAAUCAUCAUCAGAACUGUUUAUUUCAAAUUUCAGUAUCUCAGUAAUUGGAAAAAUACUUUGAGCAGAAUGACAAAAAUUAUUUACAUUUCUAGAUUUGCCAAGUUGGGAAAUCAGUCGUGCUCGUUUGGCUGUUCUCGACAUUAUUCUUGGAGGGGGAUAUUUUGGAGUGGUUAAGGAAGGCGUGUUUAUGCAAUCAUUAUCAGGUGAUCCGGAAAAUCAAAAGAUGCCUGUUGCUGUGAAGACGUUAAAAGGUAUUCAACGUAAUAGAUAACUUCUUUCGCAUAGUCAAACCAGAGCUUCUUUAAAUUAACCGCAGUUAAUAUAUAGAAGAGAUUGUUUUGAAACUCAUCAGAAUAACAAUGUGACUCAUUAUCUAUGUUAGGCAACGUCUGUACAAAAAUGAUGUCCUUCGUUGUCACGUGCGUAUUGUAUUUUCACAAAAUCCAUCAAUUGCAAUUUUUCAGUUGCCGAAUUGUUUAAGUCACGGAUAGAAAACUUAAUCUCCUAAAACAUUACUAUUGGUUGUUUGGGCAAAAUACAAUACGCUGUGAUGACGAAGGACCACUUUUCUUAGUAAACCUAAACAAAAACGUAGAUAAUGAGUUCUAUUGUAGUUCUAAUGAGUCUCCAAACAAUCUUUUCUAUUAACCUGGAGGAGGGUCAUGUUCACCAGCACCCAUCCGGUAAACUAUAUGUCCCGAACGGGGAAAAACAGAACAGUGUUUUAAUAUCAUCAUGACCAAAUUCAGUAGAGCGAAUGAAAUACAUAAAAAAGAAGUGUCUGCAGAAAAUUAAGCCCUUGCGGCUAUAAGGUAAAAAUACUCCCCCCCCCCGCCUCCUUCACGUGGUCAGGUCCUUUGUCCUUGACGCCCACCGAUGGUGUUGGAUAAAGACGUAGGAUGAAUGUUGUUGGGGUAAAGGCUCCUGCUCGUCAGCUGUUUCCCUAGCCCUAUUUGAUGGGGCAGGGGUGUAAGCGAAUUUUCUCAAAGUAAUUUUUUGCUACGUAUUAAAGAAAAUUGUUUCCUUGUUCCUUCCCUGAACUUGCCAUAUAUUUAGAAUUUUACUUAUCCUGAGUUUUACUCAAAUAUUCUAUUUUGACUCUUUCCUAUCUUUGCCGACUAAGGAAACAAUUUGCCGACUAACUGACGGGUAGGAGGGAUCUUAAUCCUCCAAGCCCCAUUUUCAAAAGGCUUUUUGCGUUUAACUUCUUAUUCAGAAUAUACCCUGUGCAUAUACACAUAUUGCAACUCCUCCAUUCCACCAUGUUUAUUUAACCCCGCCGUGGGUUCAGCGCCGUUUUUUAAAGCAAUGGAAAAUAUAACAUUAUCGUUCUUUGUUUUAAUGUAGCUAAUCGUGGUCAAAGCGAUUGGAAUGAACUGUUGAGAGAAUUUGAAGUCUUACAGUAUGUUAAUUCAACAGGUCACGAAAAUAUCCUCAAAUUAAUCGGCGCGUGCACACAAACAGGUGUGAGAAUAGAAUAUCAUAACAUAACAUAAUUUAUUGGCGCCAUUAAAAUAAAAGUUACAAAGAUGAGAUAUAAAUAAUUGAAAUUAUAAACUGAGAUGACACAGGUUAUCUGAAUUAACUAAAUGCUAAACUAUUCAGAUAACCCUAUAAUUGAUAAUUUGAGCCACUGUAGGUCAACAUAAAAAAAAAUACUUAUUAUUAUUUCAUUUUACUUAAUUUAACAAGGGUCAAGCACAUUGAACAGUAUGGAUAAUUUGCUUACACCAAUGCUUUCAUCUUGAGCUAGACAUGCUGUUGAGAUAUAUCCACAAAGUUGCAUGGUUUCAAUGGUUGGUGAAAGUACUAAGCGAUGAACUGAAAUUCAUUAAAAUUCAUUAUAAUCAUUAAAAUUCAAGUUUCCAGGAAGAACAACCCAACCUCGUACCCAGGGUAUUUGCUCUUGGGGAGCGAAAUAUCCUGGUAUGGCCUGGUCACGUGACCCGCGGAUUUUGCGUAAAAUGGCGUAUUGUUUACUAGGGUCGGGGGAGUGAGAAUACAUUGUCACUCCUAGUAAUUAUAUCACGCUUUGAAAUUUUAAUUACUAGGAGUGACAAUGUAUACGCACGCCCCCGACCCUAGUAAACAAUACGCCAUUUUACGCAAAAUCCGCGGGUCACGUGACCAGGCCAUACCAGGGUAUUUAACUCCCCAAGAGCAAAUACCCUGGGUACGAGGUUGAGAACAACCAAAUUUUCCAAAUAAUGUUAAUGAACUAUGUAAAGUUGUUGCAAGUUAAUUUAUUACUUCUCUCAGCAAUAAAGAUUAAUAAGCUUGCACUUGGCUGAUUAAUUAAGUAAAAUAUCUUGAACUGGAAAAUAUGACAUAUUUUAUGCGCCCAGUUAGCUUUCAAAGGUGACCUUAUAAUCCGUGGUCUAGGCUAAAAAUCUCAGAAACAGAAAUGGGUGUGAAUUAAUAUAUCCAUCGGUAGAAGUUGUGAAAUUGCUACUGCAUUCCCUGCCUUCUUAUUGGUCGGAAUUUAAUUUCAAUUGCGUACUGGCAUUAUAUGUAGGGUUUCCUUACGAGCUAUUGAAUUUGAUACAGGUGUGUAAUCAAUGAUCAGCGAUGAAUUGUUAUUUAUGGACUUUGUGCAAUUUAAUUUGUUUCUAGUUCCAAUCUUAUUGGUUACGGAAUUUUGCCCCAGAGGCAACCUGAAAGACUUUCUGAGAGAAAGCAGAGUUGAUGAAGAACCCCACAAACAGUACAAUAACAUUUAUUCCAAACUUACUGAAAGACAGCUUAUCAAUUUUGCCGCAGAAGUUGCAAAAGGGAUGAAAUUUUUGUUCGAGAAAAAGGUUAAUAAUGCAACUUCCACGCAAUAUAGCUAGUCGCAUCCAAACGACAAAGAUAUACUGUAGAAUUGUUUUAAAUUUGCAGCUGAGUGUACAAAUUUGACAUAUGGAUAUCAAAAUCAAUUAGAGCUAUUUAUUAUCCAUUUAUGUCUUAUUUAGAGUAAUUUUUCAUUUAUCAUUUUCAUCUUCUUCUUCACCAUCCUCACCAUCACUACUAUUAGCAGCAGAACCAAUCAUCAUCAAUCCUCAUCAAUCAUCAAGAUCACCAUUAUCAUCAUAUUAUUCACCGACAUCCAUCAGCAUCAAUCAUAAUAAUUAUCAAUCACUAUCGAUCAGUAAUCAUUGUUAUUAUUAUUAUUAAUCAUCAUCACUCGUUAAUCAUCUGCAAUCAUUAAUUGAUCAUAGCCAUUAUUAAUAUCAUUAUUAGUUUCUUCAGAUAAUCAUUGUGCUUAUUUAAUUACAUCAAUAUAUUCUAAAACAAUGAACUAUAGGUUGUUCAUCGAGAUAUCGCAAGCCGCAACAUCCUCUUGAAUGAUAAGCUCGUACCGAAGAUUGCGGACUUUGGACUAGCACGAAAAAUUGACGUCGCUGCGCAUUAUAUCGUAAAAAAAAACGUAAGAACGAGUCGUAUUUUAUACAAAAUAAAUACUCCGAAACACCUGGUUAGACUAAUUUCCUAGAAGUAACAUUAUUUGGUUUAUUUCCUGGUCAUUCUAUCUCAUUUCCUAUGAUAGUCAGGUUGAUGUAACAACACAUCUGCUUGUAUUUGACUGGAACGUCCUUCUUAAAAUAGCCAGACUAUGUUUAGUUGUUAAAUAGCCAGUGAUCCCUGGUUCUUUAUUCAUCCAACAUAGUCUUGUCAAUUUAACCAAAAAAUCCUGUUCAACUAACUAGACCAUAGUAGAAAAAAAAUGAAAUAGCCGCCAGGACAUUUAACCGGAAAAGUGUUAUUUCCAACAUAACAAGGAAAAUUUUAACCAGAGGACAUUCAGUAAUUCUGUUUUGUUACACAUUUAUUUAAACAAUGAAAAAAUAAGACUUACUUUCGUUUCAGAAAAUGCUACCUGUGAAGUGGAUGUCCAUUGAAUCUUUAGAGGUGGGACGUUUUACUCCCGCUUCAGACACGUAAGCACAAUUAUGUUUUAUUUAAAAGGAGCAUUUGAAUUUCUAACAAUUAGUUACGCGUACUAAUUUUUCAGUUGUUUAUAUAUAGUUGGUCAUAUGGUGUACUCUUAUGGGAAAUCUGUACACUUGGUGAGUGAGUAUUUAAUAUAUUUGAAACCAGGAAGAGCAAUUCUAAUAUGGCAAUAUACUUUGAGAAAGCGGUUUGUUCUUUUCAUGUGUUCUUCAGUCCCACGAGUCAACAGUUUCCCCUCCUCAGUCAGACUCCCUUUUCUCUAAAAUAUAUACUAGAAAAUACAUGCACGCAGAAACCCUCGCCUUGUUGACAAAGCCAUUGUAUUUUCCGAACGUGAAGUAUUAUUUGAAGUAGUUGUCGUGGUAACACGAUAAUUUUUUAAGAAUAUUUUUACAAAUGAAAAAUCCCCUAAAAAUAUCACUUUUAUUUACAAAAUUAUCAAUUUCCCAAACAUAUAAUUAUAUGUUAGGUAUGUUAUUAUACGUAAUAUAAGCUUCGAUUUAAGGUAAAAUUUAACCACAAACGCUUCGCAAAACGUUUUAAAGUGUUCUUUUAAUAUAGAACUAAACUGCCUUUAUCGAUGAACUUUGAGUUCGAAAUAAAAUGAUUCCAAAUUCUCCCAUGCAAAUAACUUUGUUUAGUAUAAUAAAAAGGGUAAUCAAUAAAGAAACACUGAAAUAAUACGCUGUCGACUUGUUUCAUAUUUAUACGCAACCAUCGGCUUUUAAAAUAAAUACAGUAUAUUAAAAGCAAACAAUGCAUUAAUAUUUAAAACAAACUUACCUUCGUUAACGUCGGCACCUUUACUCCCUUCUUUUAGCAAUUCUUUUGCCUUUAUUUCAUCAAAAAUCUUUUGAAAUUUACAAAAUCUUGCAAAAAUGAAAUAUAUUUGCAAGAAAUCAUCAAACCAAUUUCGCUGUCGUCGUGCAGCCGUUAUAAUGCCAAUUUUAAAUUGGACCAAUCAGUGUUGGCUAUUCAUGACAGUCCGCUAUAUUAUGAGAUCAGUGAGGAUGACCACCUCCCGAAACACGCACAGUGACCCACGCCCGCGAUCAUUGAUGAAUUUUAGACUUCGCUAAUGGUUUCGUUUCCCCGGGUGUAACUAGCCGGGGGGAAUUAGCACCCUCGCACGGCCCUUCACGCCGUUGGCUCGGGGAUAAGCAAAACAUUGGAAGAAAAAUGAAAUUUAGAGGGGAGGUUUGAUAUUCUAGCUACUGGGAUUUGCUUUGUGAAUCUUAUGCCAUGUAUUUUAUGAUCAAAUGAUUCAAAACCCUUUUAAAUAUGCUAUAACCGUUGCAUGUGUAGCAAAUACCUUACACUUUUUAAAUUUGGCAGUGGAUUACAUAUUCUAAACCCUAUAGAUUUGAUUUGUUGGAAUGCUAUAUAGACUAAUUAUAAACAAGUUAGUGAUCGAGUUGUGGCAUUUCCGUAAACAUAUCAUGCACGAAUUUAAUAACUAAAGAUUUAGUCCAACUACAAUAAUAAAUAAUGCAACGCUGUAUAUAUGCAAUAUUCUGUUUCAGAAAGUGCACACGAAAUACAGUCCUAGGGCACGAAAAAUACGGAACUUUUCUGGGGAAGAAUGCCUCACGGCACUUGACGAAAGGCUAUAUUGUGAGGAUUAGAAUGGUGCUUGGGUUUUGUUUUAAAGGGGGGUAAAUACUCGCCGCGAUAUUUACAUUAGAAAAAUUGGAUAGAAAUGUAAUACGAAAUCGCCUGUCGAAAAGGAGUUCGAGAUCUUGUGUCUGUCCAUAUUUAAGAUGUCGUAAUUCCGGGGGGACACCGGGGGAGUGCGAGAAAUAAACUGUUUUGAAGACAAUAUCUGGAAAAUAAAUAGCUGCUAAUUAUAAAUUUCCAAUUAGAUUUCAUCUGAAUUACAAAUUGUUGUCAUGUACGAUAUGUAAAUCGACUCUUUAUAGCUCAACCAUUGAAACUUUUAUAUUUGACUUUCUUAUCAAUCACACUAGCUGAAGAACCGUACGCAGACGUCUCGCCGUACGAUAUAUUGGAUUAUCUGCUUGAUGGUCACAGGAUGAAGCGUCCGAAAUACUGCAGUAUCGAAAUGUAAGUUUUAAAUUAAUAUUAUCAGCAAACGGUAUAACAUGAUUAUACGGUUUCAAAGGGUUAUUGGCCUGUUUGCAGUCACAUAUCUCGAUAAACGAGCUAAGCCGGAACUGCGAAACAACAACAAAAAUCUUCAAUCGUGGAUAUAACCUCUUAACAAAAUUUUAACUUGAUUUUUCAAACUUACCUAAAAUAUCCCCCUCCCCCACAAAGACAAUGUUGUAGAAUUAGUUUAAAAUUUGGGCAAAAUAAUGGAACAUUGGGUCAGGUUGAGGCGCCAAAAAGCCUAAUGAAAUUAGAAUGCAUGUUCAUGAAAUGAUUCUUAAAAUGUUGUGAGUUAAUUGAAUACUGAAAAGACUUCGUAAAUUCGAGUUUCAUGUUUAUAAUGACAUGUGAAAGAUAAAAAAUUUGCUUUUUACCCUUACUUGUGACAUAUGUACAUCGAGAAUGCAUAUCCAAGAUGGCGGAAUGCACGCUGCUUUUGAUAAAAAUUUCGCUUUAUUUUUCGAAAACCAAGUAAGAUACGGAAUAAUUGUAAAAGAAUUUUAUAUAUCAUUUUAAAUGUUCUUUCAAAUAAGACAAACUUAAUUUAUAUUGCCAUAUCCCUUUAAUCAUCCCAAAUUAGAAGCCUAAAAUACGUUAGGCCCAAAGUGAAUAUAACUGCACGGAACGUUACCUUCAAAUAAAUCUUUUUCGUGACCGCAAACCUAGAACCCCCCAGACACGCGUGUCCGCAUGGGGCGAACCCGCGUGCUUAUAUCAUGAUUGACUGAUUGAGCGCUCUUUGCAUGUGUGAAAAGAGAGGGACUGGCCUUCAAAUUUGGCUUCAAAUUUCAGGCUCGAGGUAGCGUCGGUAGAUUGGUCAAUAGUUUUGCCCCCUGAUUCUAGAACGCUAUAGUUGGUGUUCAUUUUGGGUCAAAUAUCAAUAUAUUAAGAUAAUAGGAUAGCUAUUUAUCUAGUAUAAAAAUCGAAGCUUUGCAAUCAAUACCACUAAACAUUGUUGGGUGCAUUCUCCAUUUUUAAAUGCAAUGAUAGAAAGAUCCGAGUUCUUCCGCUCCUUUAAACAAUGCAUUUGUUUCUCAUUGCGGGACAUCGGGAAGACAAAAAAAAGGGAAAUCUCUGACAAUCGUUCAUGCGACACUAGACACUUCAUAAUAAUUGUUUCGCUAUCAACAUUAUCCCAUACCUGUAUUAAAAGCGGAUUUCUGAUUGGUUUAGAGCAAGUGAGCUUGUCGUCAAGCUCACCUGCUUUUUACCCGAACUCAUCUGCUUUUCGCCGAACUCAGCCGCGAAACUGCUCACGUUGCAAUAUAAACAAUAACAGUGGCGGACAAGAUUAGCAGAUAAACGUAAAUUUUAAAGGUAAUAAACGUAAAACUUUUUACCGUGACUAAUCUACUGAGUCUGAAGAAAAACCAAAGAAAAUAAUGCAAUAAAGGUAAUCUCGCCGUAGAUAAAGAAGUAUUAAGAACCCAGUGGUUUUUUUGCCCGGGAAAAUGUUGACAAAACAUCGACGAAUAUAUCGCAAAGAGCUUAAAAUAUGUUUAUGGCUCGGUGUAUGGGAUACAAAAACCAAACAUACUUGCAGGUUUUGUGAGUCUGUGAUUGGACGCACUCAUGAAUCCCAGGAAAUUCGAAACCAUUCCAAUAGAAACGCAUUCAGAACAGAUUGGUCAAAUUCUUCAGUUUGCCAGUCAUUCUGGGCCUUUGUAUAUUGCUUAGUUGUGGAUAUCGAAACAAAAUAUCCUUCUGGAAAGUAUUUAGCCUUGGCUAAAGAACAUCGUUUUCGGGAUGGAGAUAUCUGCUUCAAAUAGCUCGAUGAUUUAACAAAUAUAUUUUGGUCUUUUCUAUUAUGCAGUAUACUGUAUAUGAUUUCGUAAAUGUGCAAGUGUUUCCUGUAACAAGGGGCAUCAUAUAUUCCAGAUUUUCCUUGAUGGAAACGUGUUGGCAGCAAAAUCCUGAAGAGCGACCACGUUUUAAUGACAUCUAUAAUUCACUGGGGGAUAUGCUGACUAAUAAUGAGGUAAAAAUGACGAAAUUUUUUAGUUAUCAAAGGUUUCAAGAUUUUUACGACACUUAUUUUGGAACGAAAACAUUUUUGCUCGACGUUUAAUAUUAUGUAAACACGAAUGUUUCUGCCACCACGAUAUCUUGUCCUGCAGAAAACGGGAAUGAUGUUACUAGCUAUAUUGAAAAUUAGUUUUCCUUUGUUUGUUGCUGCUAAAUGACUGCAACAUACGACAACCCUUACUCAUAAUGGCGUUAUUUCUGUACAGAUCUAUGACAUUUGUUUGUAUAUGUCUCUAGGUGUGUCCACACCGGGCAAGCUGGAAUGUCCGCUUGACCGCGAUUGGAAUAGAACCUGCCACCUUUGGUUGGCUAGUCCAAUGCUCUACGAACAAAGCCAUGAGGUCAAGUCGGUUCGAGGGGGGAAUAUUUUGAAAUGCAGACUAGUUCCUUUGGUAUCACUAUACUUUUACAAAAUAUCACCCGAUCGAACCAACUUGACCUCGUAGCUCAGUUGAUAGAGGAUAGAGCAUUAGCCUAGCAUGCAAACCAAAGGUUGCGAGGUCGCUGGUUCGAUUCCCACCGCGGUCAAGCAAACGUUUCAGUUUGCUCGGUGUGGACACAAUCACACACAACAUCCGACAAACAUAUAUCUUCACCUGAGUGCAUAACACUAGAAACAGAAAAAUAUAUAUCAUUUCUUCUCAGAAUGAGGCAAAUGUUACACAAACCGGAAACAAUAUCUUAAACUAAUUGUUUUAUUCAUUCAAAUAGUAUCCAGAUUUUCUAUUUUUUCAGAGAUGUUAUAUAAACUUGAAACCUUACCACGAUGUGAACGAAACAAUGAUGUCGAAAUCCGAAGAUAUUUUUCAAGAAGUUCCAGAAAAGUGUGCAGAUUCAGACUCGAGUGAAGGCGAUGGGAGUUGUUCGCAAGACAGUGGUGUAUAUGACACAGCGUUUUAACAAGAUAGUGUUCUUACUGGAGAGGUUCAGAUUUAGACUUAAUUUGUACCGCUACCGUUACCAUUAACCAAUUAGAUGCAUUUAAUCUACCCGAUUAACCAAUCAAGAGCAUAGUUGUAGUGGAAGUGGAGAUCAAACUACCCUGGAUCCUUUGAUUAAACCGCGCCAAUCACAAAACAGAAUUAUUGGUUUUAGUACAGAUUCUGUAUUAAAACCACUAAUUCUGUUUUGUGAUUGGCGCGGUUUAAUCAAAGAAUCUCCCCGUUGAACCAGAGCCUUCACGACGUUUCAAUUUAUUAUUUACUGUCGAAGGCUCUGGAAACCAGGAUAAGAUCAAACCUGAACGUUUCUAUUUUCUUAUUGAAAACAUGGCUAGAAAUUUCGUACACUGUGGAGUUAAUUUAAAGCAUGCGCAUUGGGUGCUUAGAAAUUAAUCCAAAAUGGCGUCUUUGGUAUAAGAUUUAAGCGGAAAAUACACAAAAUUAAAAAUUUUAGUAAUUUACGAUUGUAAAUUCCAACAUGCGAACGUCUGAAACAUUAUCAAAUUACACAAUAUAUUAUUUGUUAAAUUAUCGGAACAAUUCGAUCAGGCUGAAUGGCAAUCUCGUUCCCCGAGUCUGCGAUCCCCGGGAAGGAUCGUGAGGCUCUGGGAUAAUCCGUUUCAGUACGUGAGGAAUCUGAUUGGCCGUUGAUAUGGAGUGCGCAGUUCAAUCUUAGCCAGGAUUCCUGGCUUCCGGCAACGGAUUAUCCCAGAGCCUCACGUUCCUUCCCGAGGAUCGCAGGCCGGGGGAACGAGAUUGGCUAAAUUGGUUCCCGAGCUCAUCGAUCGUCAACGUACCUGUUAUUCACUCUAUAAAGUCCUCUAAAUGACAAUAUUUUGUAUUCUGGAGAUGAAAUUAUGGCCAUACUUGCAACAUUUUUCAACCAUGCGAACAUCAGAAUAUACUCCCGAAUAGCGAUACGCAUUAUUCACGCUUGAUUUUAAGCCAUUUUAGUCCCGUCUUGAAAAACGUUGUUUUUGAGGAUCAUAAGACUGCUAAUUUAUAGAGGCCAUGAUAGGCAAAAUUUGAAAAUGUAGUUGUCAUUUUCGUAUUCGUUUCAUGAUCUUUCCUCUCUCGUUGUGGCUCGAAAGCUCUCGAAAGCUGUUGCUACAUAUGUUACCAUGGCCUUUACUGCAAGGGUGGGUAGUAGCGAAGUAGUUGUAGUUCGCUACUGUAGCGAACUACAAUUUUCUUGUAGCCAGUAGUUUUUUACUACAUUUUUAAAACAGUAGCUGUAGUUAUAGCGAACUACAUUUUGCCUAAAAGUAGCCAAGUAGUUGACUCCUUUUCAAACAGCAAAUCGCUAUUUGCUACUUUCAAAAAUUGUUAACAACUUGAUAGAAUAGCAUGAUAUUGAGACACGGUUUGCUUAAAAUCGAUACUCAAUAGUCAAUUUGCACUCCUGAACACUGUAGUGAUUACAAAAAUGUUGCUUUGUCACUUUGUGUUUACUGUUGCUACUCGUAAGUCGAUUUGUCAUAGGUUACAUUACAGUCUAAGUUAGCAUAGAUGCUCCAAAUACAGUAAAACUAAAAAAUAUAGCGGAGCGAAAUAGUUCGCUACAUUUUUUAAGCCGAGUAGCUGUAGUCAGUAGCGAACUACCUUUGUUCAAAAGUAGCAGUAGUUCUAGCUGACUACAUAUUUUUGAAGUAGCUGUAGUUAUAGCGAACUACAAAAAUUUUGUAGUCAACCCACCCUUGCUUUACUGUUGACCUAAGAGACUGUAGCUACAAAAUAUUCUCUCAAAGUCGCGGAAAAAAUAAAAUUAGAUUGUUUACAUUGUGUUGUUGCGAAAUGUGUUGUUGUAAAUCACAAAUUAGUUUGUGGACAUAUUGAACAAUCCCCUUAUUAUGUCUUUGAGAAUCUACCUGUAUGUUUUAAAUAUUUGCAUAAAAUAUUGGAGCAAUUGACAUAUUUUUAAUCGCGAUUCUGAAUAUUUGAAAAAAAAACAAGCGAAAUUAUUGUAUAUUACAGUUGAGUAUUUUUUUAAUGAAGCAAUAAUUCUUUCGACCUCAUAAUAUUUCCAAUUCCGUCGUUCUUUGUUGAUUUCGUGUAAAAACAUGCAGUACUUAAAUUAUUUAGUUCACCAUUAUAAAAGCGAACCGCCAUCUUGAAAAUUCCUGCAAAUGAGCCUGCAAUCCCAUGCCGUUGAGUGUAUGAAAUUUCUAGCCAUGAAUGCACAUUGCAAUGACGAGCCAGACAGCUCCAGAUUGGCAGCUCCAGAUUGGCGAAUCUGGAGCCAGCUCCAGAUACAAUUUCAAUAUGGAGCAGGAACGACUAGUUUGUAAACAAACUGCUUUGGCCGCUUAACUACCGAUGGAUAUUCAAUUUUUUUGAAAGACCAUUUUUUCUUGUCAUAUUCCUUAGUACGUGAUGGAAAAUGAAAACAUUAUUCCGUUCCGUUCGUCCAUGGUAGCUUCUGAAAGAUCACUGUUUUUUCUGACAAAGGGAAUGGUCAGCGGUCGGAUAGAUCGCAAAGCUCGUUUAAAACCUUAUUUUGUUACCUUUAUAAUGAAAAACUAAAAAAUUUGAUCGAUGAAAGGAAGGAUAAAAUUAACACAGCCGGGCCGUGCGCGAAAUUAGACAGUUCGACUUUGCGCGAGUUAUUUAUCGCGGUCUCGCGACGUGGAAAUAAGUUGACCGCAUGAAAUUACUUUUGAACACAUUCUCCAGAACGGUCAUCGAUCAAAUUUUUAAGUUUUUCAUUAUGAAGGUAACAAAAUAAGGUUUUAAACGAGCUUUGCGAUCUAUCCGACCGCUGACCAUUCCCUUUGUCAAAAAAAACAGUGAUAUUUCAGAAGCUACCAUGGACGAACGGAACGGAAUAAUGUUUUCAUUUUCCUUCACGUACUAAGGAAUAUGACAAGAAAAAAUGGUCUUUCAAAAAAAUUGAGUAUCCAUCGGUAGUUAGGCGGUCAAAGCAGUUUGUUUACAAACUAGUCGUUCCAGCUCCAUAUUGAAAUUGUAUCUGGAGCUGGCUCCAGAUUCGCCAAUCUGGAGCUGCCAAUCUGGAGCUGUCUGGCUCGUCAUCAUAUUGCAUGUGCAGGGAGACGGCAAAGACUUUAAUUGUCCGUGGGGGGGAUGUAGGGGUCAAAUUACUUGAUUUUUCUAAUUACGUUUUGCAAUACCUAAAACAGUAUAGUUGCCAACUCAGCUAUCAAAUAUUGAAUGUAUUUUGUAGUAAAAAUUAUCCCACGUGUAGUCUUGAUGAAUUUGUUUAUAAAGAUGUAGGUUGAUAGUAAAGUGUAUAAGGUCAUUUUUCUGGAAAAGACUAUUGAUGAUUAAGAAAUUGUCAAUGUUUAUAAUAGCUGGAAGGUCGGAGAUAAAAAAUCUGAUGUUAAAAUAGAAUGGCCAGAAAUAUAGCCACAGAAAAGUGUAUUGAGUCACCAAGUUAACACAUACUCUAGCUGUGACUAGAAAUCUGCAGUCAUUUACCUAUACGAAAAGAAUAAAUGCAUGGCUAUAGUGUGUUUUCACGCGAACCGCUGUGACGUCACUAGAAUUUAGCGUCCGCCAUGUUGGUGGAGUAAAAUGCGUCACGUGCGAGGAAUUUACUAGUGUUUACUAUAGCUGUGCCAAAUCUGUUCGAAAUAUUCCUCAAUAAGCCGGCUUUUUUGUAGUUUUAAACAGUUCAAAUGACAAAUCUAAAACGUAAAGAUCUUUCUUUCUGCCGUGUGCCGAAAGUUAUUAAAAAUCAAGGCGAGGAAAUGGAGAUUUUGUGAACCAAACGCAGUCGAAGAAUCGACGAAGAUGGCUGUCGGCUAUAUUAAAUUGGAGUCGCCGGAGAAUACAGAAGAAAUGAUCAAAGAGAAGUUACAGAGAGUAAACGAACCUGGCGAGGUUGUUAAAUGUUUAUUUGAUCCUAUGACUAUGGACGAUAUCGCAGACAAUUUUCCAGAAAACUUGAGAAACGCCGGCCACAAGCCCAUAACACAAACAGACGUUUCAACCACAACAGUUUGCAUGCAGACAAGCGAGUGUCAUAAUUCUAUGCUUCAAACCGAGUUUUAAUUUCUGGGUAAACCAUGCUCUGCUGACUUUUAUUGAUAGACAAACUAAUCUCCUUGCAAGGGCACAGACGUUUUCAAGUUACAAGCAUCAUAACACUGUUAAAGUGUUAAUUGGAAUUAUUGUGAACACAAGGUACUGUACAAUUUGCUUUGU